AUGGCCUACACACUCACUUUGACUGAUCUUGCGCUCGCAAGUGCUGGCGUCUGGCUCGUGUACAGGUUCCUCAAGAAGCCCGCACUUCCAUACCCUCCUGGGCCGCCCGGCCUUCCGGUCAUCGGCAAUGCGCUCGACAUUCCUAAGACCGCCAUGCAGCAGUACAAGCAGUUCACAGAGUGGGACGGCAAGUAUGGAAGCAUUAUACAUCUCAGCGCACUCGGCCUACAUAUCGUUGUUCUCAACGAUCAGCAGGUGGCGCGCGACCUGUUGGACAAACGCUCCGCGAUCUACUCCGACCGGCCUACCAUGGCGAUGGCUGGCGAACUCUGCGGAUGGGACCGCCCUUUGGUCAUGCAUCACUACGAUGAUACUUUCAAAGAGUUCCGUCGUUACUUCUUCAAACUCUUCGGCACUCGCCAGUCUCUGGAGGCGUUUUACCCGCUCUUCGAGUCCGAAGGCCACGUUCUUAUGCGACGCAUCCUGGCAGCGCCGGGAGACUUCCCUACACAUCUUCGCAAAUGUGCGGGCUCUAUCAUCUUGAAGGUCACUUACGGGUACGACGUCAAUGCCAGUGGCAGCGACCCCGUUGUGGACGUCGUCAACGAGGGUAUGCGUCAGAUGGACGAUCUUCUGAGCAGUGGAUGGCUUGUCGAUCUGAUGCCGUGGAUGAAGAGUAUCCCCGCGUCUUUCCCAGGCGCAACCUUCCAGAAGAUUGCUCAGCACUAUCGCAAGACUCUGGACACGAUGGCGGACCUGCCUUACGGGAUCAUCAAGAAGAAGAUCGCUGGUGGAAACGCCGAGUCGUGCUUUGUGACACAGCAGCUUGGAGAGGGCGACAUAACCCCGGCUAAAGAGGACAUCAUCAAGUGGGCGGCGACCUCGAUAUACGGAGGCGGCGCUGAUACAACUGUGUCGGCUCUGCAUUCCUUCUUCCUGGCCAUGACGCUCUAUCCUGAAGUCCAGGCAAAAGCCCAGGCGGAGAUCGACGCGGUCGUUGGGCGUGAUCGUCUGCCUACCUUGGCGGACCGUCCCCAGUUGCCAUAUAUCACCGCUUUAAUGAACGAGGUACUGCGCUGGAGUCCCGUAGCUCCCCUUGCUAUCCCCCACGCGACGAUGCAGGACGACGUCUACCAGGGAUACCUCAUCCCGAAGGGCUCCCUCGUCAUACCUAACAUCUGGUUCAUGGCAAACAACCCUGAGAUCUACAAGAGCCCCCGCGUCUUCAACCCCGACCGCUUUAUCGCCACGCCUGAGCACCCUGCAGAGCCUGACCCUCACAACGUCGUGUUUGGUUUCGGUCGUCGCAUAUGUCCUGGUAUCAACCUUGCCGACGCGACGGCGUGGCUGGAGAUAGCUCUUUCGCUCGCUGUUCUGACAGUUUCGAAGGCCGUUGAUGAGAACGGCAAUGCCAUUACUCCGGAGUACAAGUAUACGGAGGAGAAUGUUACGCAUCCCGUCUCCUUCCCGUGCUCUAUCAAAGCACGCGAUGCUCGCGCCGAAGCCUUGAUUGCCGUUACAGAGUAG